AGGUGGAUUAUUGCGUUGCUAUUUGUGUUCUGUUCUGUUCGACUAGUGAUCGAGAUGCCUGAGCCGGCGAAAUCUGCUCCCGCGCCCAAGAAGGGCUCCAAGAAAGCGGUGACCAAGACCCAGAAGAAGGGGGAUAAGAAGCGCCGCAAGACCAGGAAGGAGAGUUACUCCAUUUACGUCUAUAAGGUGCUGAAGCAGGUUCAUCCCGACACCGGUAUCUCUUCCAAGGCCAUGGGCAUCAUGAACUCCUUCGUCAACGACAUCUUCGAGCGCAUCGCCGGGGAGGCGUCUCGCCUGGCGCAUUACAACAAGCGCUCCACCAUCACCUCCCGGGAGAUCCAGACCGCCGUGCGCCUGCUGCUGCCCGGGGAGCUGGCCAAACACGCUGUGUCGGAGGGUACCAAGGCGGUCACCAAGUACACCAGCUCUAAGUAAACACGGGCUGUGCCUCUCCGGGAAGUUGUUACACCUAAAAUCCAAAGGCUCUUUUAAGAGCCACUCACUGUCUCCAUGAGAGAGCUGUGCCUCCCUGUCAACACUAGAACUAAAGAGAAUUAAUUUCAUCUUUUUGUAGGGGGAUUAACUUGUACAACCUCCUUUAAAUCACAUUUAAGGUAUUUACAUGAGAAACGAACUUGUGUGGAAAACAUCAGUCUUAAGGUUUGAUUAUUUAACAGGAAAAAUAAUUGUUCACUUGCAUAUUCUGAAAUCAGUAAUUGUACAAAUCUGUCCUAUUGAGAUCUAUUCAGGAAUGGUAUUCAAACACCUUUAUAUUUCUGCAAUGGAGAAUGUCAGUUUACAAUACUUUUAGUUUAUUUUCCCUGGUAAUCCUCUAACAUCUCUGCACCUAAAAGCAGAUUCUUUCUGAAAACAGGGACUGUAGUUCAUUGCUCUAAAAGAAACGGCACCAAAGUACUUCAGAAAGCGACUGGGGUACAAGAGGCCUGGAGACACUAGGAGUGUAAAUAUACAGACUGGAUUUCUCUAAUUAGAAAAUGAAUGUUAAUUUUUAAAAUCACUAUUUAGGGACCGGGGAAACUCAUCCAUUCUUGUUAGUGAUAUCAGUGUCUUCAAUGAAAGAGGCUCUAGUGACUAGGUUUUACACUUGUUUGCUUUUUUAGCUAGAGCUUUUCCUUCACCCCCUGAGUUUUAUAACUGCAAGAAAAUUGUAUUUGUGGAGUAAAAUAAGAUCUCAUGUUAGGCUGUGAUAUAUAUUUGCUAUAAACUUUGAAUCCAUUUGAAUAAAUAUUCCCAUAUUCUUCACUUCCACCAAGACUUAACAAAGAAAAACAUUGUGAAA